GAUCGAGCUGACUUGUGUGACAUUUAUGUUCACGUGGCAAAAAAUGGUGAGAAAGUAAAAUUAAACAUAGUUUGUGUGAUUAAGCUUAAUGAGAAGUUGGACACAGAAGCCAUCCAAUAUAGGUGACAUUGGAACCGACAGACUUUGUCAAAAUGGCUUAGUGAACUAAUAUAUUCAUUGAACAAUGCGACGUUUGUACUAAAAAAACGUUCAUUUUUUUGGGAAGAGGGGGCAUUACGCAAGAGAAUGUGAUGUGCGGUCAAUACGAACAUCUUCAGCGCACUAGCCAUGAGCGCUCUUAGCUAGCGGGGCUAAGUAGCUACAUGUUUACCACCCCGCUCUUUGUGUCAUCUGGGCUGGAACUUCAAUUGGGAAGAAACGCCGCGGACACUCUUGUCAGCGGGACGACGACAAGUUGCUUGGCAAAGGACACCUGGAGCAGCAGGUCCCUCAGAGCCAUUGGGAAGCAAAGACAGUUGGCUUGCAACCUAAGGAACGUCACGACAAUCAGGAGGUGCAGCACAUACAAUGUUCCAUCGAACUGUUGGAAGUGUAAAGAACCUUUUGACACAAGCCCAACAUUCUUCUGCCCGUCCUGUAAAGUAGUCCAGCCUCCUAACGAGGCAGUAUCUUUCUUCAGCAUCAUGGACUGUGAGGACACAUUUGCACUGGACAUGCACAAACUGCAGAAAAGAUACUUGCAGCUCCAACGCUCCCUACAUCCAGACAACUUCAGCCAGAAAUCUGCGGAAGAACAGGAGUAUUCUGCGCACCAGUCGGCGCAUGUCAACAAAGCCUACACAACUCUGCUCAAGCCUUUGAGUCGCGGCCUUUAUCUGCUGGAGCUGAAGGGGAUGCGCAUCGACGAAGGCACGGAUUCAGGGGCGGAUGCCGAGUUUCUGCAGGAGCUGAUGGAGAUCAAUGAAGCCCUCGAACAGGCGCGGACUCCAGAGGAAACCGAUAAGAUCAGCCAGGACACCAAAUGGAAACUGAAGGGCCUGACAGCGAAGAUAGACGACACCCUGCGUGCAGGAGAGCUCCAAGCUGCCAAGGAGUUGCUUGCCCAAAUGAAAUACUUCUCAAAUAUUGAAGAGAAAGUCAAGGAAAAACUUUCUGGAUUCAUGUGAUCCCCCCCCCCAUAUCAUUGUGACACUGAAAAGAUUUGUACUGGGGCAUCAUGAUGACUUUUGCAUUGCUGUACAUGCAUUGUUCAUAAAUGUGGAAGAACCUUGAACCAAAGUGCUUCUCAAUU